AUUAGUAAUACAAGGGAAGUUACUCUUACUAAACAAUAUGUAAACAAGAUGGUGAAAACCAUGUGAAAUAAAAAAAAUCUAUAUUUCACGCUGAAAACUUAACAUGGCUACAAGUUUUCAAAAGAAAACAAGAUCAAAAGUGGUUCAAAUACCUGGUGCUAAGGUGUCACUCUAUAACAAUCAGCUACUGAUAUCAUCUGGGAUACCAUCUUUGGACCAACUUCUGGGUGGAGGUAUAGCAGUUGGAACUGUAUUAUUAAUUGAAGAAGAUGUAUAUGGCAACUAUGCAAGAACCAUGCUAAAAUAUUUCUGUGCAGAGGCAGUUAUGACUGGCCAUUCGCUUCUGCUAGCAAGUACAGACUCUAGCCCUGAUCAGUUACUGAAAGAUCUACCUGGACCCAUUAUAGACGAUCCAGGAAAAGAAGAAAUGCAGGAGCCUGAAGAUGAGCCUGACGCAAUGAAAAUAGCAUGGCGGUACCGUCGUCUACCUAAAUUUCAAUCAAGUCCUGCUGCAAUUAAAUUUGGACAUUAUUACGACCUUACAAAGACCAUGGAUGAAGAUUUAGUGAAAACAAUUGAUAUAAGUUGUACCGGAAAUAACCAAACUAUUGCAAAAGACAGAAAUUGUCAGAAUAACCCAUCAUAUGAUGAACUUUUACGAACUAUUCAAAAGAAGAUCGAGUCUGAAGGUUUUAGUACCAGUUUCACAACAGAGAAAAGAAACAUUUUAAGAAUAGCACUUCAUUCUAUUGGAUCGCCACUGUGGGGAGAAAAUGGCGGAUUAACAUCCAGUGACAGGUAUGAUCCUGCUCUGCUCAGGUUUUUACUCGCGUUACGUGCAGUUCUACGAUCGGCAUAUGCUACAUGUGUUAUAACUGUGCCAUCUCAUUUGUUUUGUGACAAAGCUUUUGUUCGGAAGAUUGAAAGAUUUUGUGACACUGUUGUACAAGUGGAUAGCUUUGUGGGAUCUGACAAAGAAAAGAACCCAGUGUACAAAGAUUAUCAUGGACUCUUUCAUAUAAGAAAAUUGCCUUGUCUAAAUUCACUAGUAUGUACAAUGCCGGAGACAUUAGAUCUGGCGUUUAAACUUAGAAGGAAGAAGUUUAGUAUAGAGAAGCUUCAUUUACCUCCUGAUUUAUCUGAGACAGCUAACAGGUCACAGGAAGACCCAGUGGCAAAGCUCAAACCUGAAACUGGAUGUGGCUCCGGAGUUGGAAAGACUAAACUAGAUUUUUGAACAAUCUUUUACAAUCAUUUAAUGCAGUCUUGAAUAUAAUAUUUACAAAACCUCUUAUUUAAUAAACCAACUGUAUUUCUUAUUAAUUAGACUUGUCCAUCUUCCAAUUUUGAAACUGCCCAUUAUCAACUAGAGAUGCAUGAAGAUGACAUAUGAAUUUUGUCAGCCAAGAGUAUACAGCCUGGUCAGACUGCAAUGAUAUGCAGGUUGGUCUGGCUCUGUACUGGUGCCAAAGAGGAUCAUCACUUUAGGUUCCAAGAAAGUAAUGGUUGAUUCGAUAUAUAUUCAUGAUUUUGAUACAUUUACUUUUGAAAAUUGUUUUCUUUGUGAUUAAUAUUACAUUGUUUUGAGUAAAGAUAUUUAGCUGUUAAUUUCAAUAAAGUGAUAACAAGAUUUGACAAUAUGAAUUACUGCCUUAGCUUUUGUUAAUGAAAGUUGGUUUUGAAAAACAAACACUUUUCCUUCCCUUCUCUGAAUAAGCUUGUAUUUUUUUAUCAAAAAAUUAAAAGGGGAUAAAGGUAUCUUAAUUCUUUGCAGAAUUGUGUUUAUUUUUUAAAGAAAUUCAACAGAAGGAAGGCAUUAAAUACAAUUCAUGUUUAUGUAAUUUAAUCAUAUUUUAUCUCAAUAUGAUAACUAUAAAGUAUAAUGAACUGACAAUCUAUGGUAUUUACUUAUUAUACAAAAUGGUAUCUUGUACAUUAUACUUGGUAAAAACAUUAUGUUCACCAUCUAUCUGUACACACACUUGUUUACAUGAUGUCAUGUGAGUUACAUGAUUGAAACUAUAAAAAAAAGAAUUUCUGACAACUUGUUGCAAUUUUUAGAUGAAAGUCAAUGAAUUUCAUGAAUAAAAUAUUUCAUAAAAAGACA